AUUCCUUGGUCCUUCCUUUUUUAUUCCUUGUAAUAAAUAACGCAUAAAGUCUGUGAGCGGUCAUUUUGAAAAAUAUAUAUGAUCUUUUUUUGUUAAAUGCCAUUGAAUCAGCUCUUUAUGUUGCGUAGAUAUUCUGAGAUUUGACGAAGAACGACUGCGCACUGUUCCAUGCGCAGCCAGGAGAGGGGACUGACAGCUAACGUGGGCUCAUAAACGGACAUAACAACAAUGGCGUCCUCCGUAACCUCAAAAAGACCUUAUCACAUCAUAGUGUUCGGUGCUUCUGGUUUUACCGGGCAGUACGUGGUGGAAGAGGUGGCUCGGUGUGCCACGGAGGGCAUCGACGGGCCUCUGAAAUGGGCCGUGGCCGGAAGAAGCAGAGCACGCCUGGAGAAAGUGCUGGAGCAAGCGGCCAAUACACUGUCCAUGCCAGCACUUCGGACGGAUAUAGAAAUCAUUGUAGCUGAUGUGUCGAUCGAGGAAUCUAUGGCCCUCAUGUGUCAACAAGGGGUGGUGAUUCUGAACUGUGUAGGACCAUACAGGUUCUAUGGGGAACCGGUGGUCAAGGCUUGCAUAGAGAACGGAGCGCAUUGCAUAGACAUCUGUGGAGAACCUCAGUUCCUGGAGCGUAUGCAGUGUGAGUACCACAGCCAGGCACUGGAGCGAGGCGUCUACGUCAUCGGGAGCUGCGGCUUUGACUCCAUACCUGCCGACCUGGGGGUCCUCUACACAGAGAGGCAGCUCAAAGGAACUCUCACAGCAGUGGAGAGCUUCCUGACCAUCAGUAGUGGACCACAGGGGGGAGGUGGCCAUGACGCGACCUGGCAGUCGGCCGUCUACGGCUUUGCAGACAGCGGGGCCUUACGCAAGCUGAGGAGGAAGAUGGGUUUCAAACCCUUACCUGUGCUCGGACCUAAACUGAAAACCAGGGGCUCUGUGUUCUUCAGCAAAGAGAUUGACCAGUACUCCAUCCCCUUCAUGGGCGCGGAUCCCUCCGUGGUCAAGAGGACACAGCGCUUCCUUCUAGAGGCGGAGCAGAAGUUACCCGUCCAGUACAGUGCCUAUGUGGGGGUGGGGAACCUGUUCUCCGUGGCCAAGCUGGCGUGUGGCGGCCUGCUCUUCUGGUUGAUGGUGAAGUUCAGCCUGGGACGGAAGCUCCUCACCACGUUUCCAUCAUUCUUCUCUUUCGGGAUGUUCACCAAGGAAGGCCCGUCUCUGAAGCAGAUGGAGGACACUAGUUUCUGCAUGACGUUCUUCGGCGAGGGCUACUCGGACGGGAAGGAUCCGGCACUGGGGCCCCCCGACGCAAAGAUCUGCACCCAGGUCAUCGGAGCGGAGCCCGGCUACGUAGCGACCCCAGCUACCAUGGUCCAGGCAGCCGUUACAGUGCUGAACGACCUGCACUCCCUCCCCAAUAGAGGAGGGGUUUACACGCCAGCGGCUGCGUUCAGCAACACCCGCCUCAUCGAGCGCCUCAACACCCACGGUAUCAAGUUCUCCGUCAGGAGCUACCCCUAGCCAAUCACACGGCUUAGAACCCGGUCGCGUCAUCAUGAACAGCGGGAGGGCUUCACAUGAUGUCACGCACAUUCCAAGCCAUCAUCUUUGGGCUUCUUCAUCAACAUUCAUUCUUAUUAGAGAGACUAAACGGUCACAGCAGAGUUUAGUUUAGGUAUUGAGAUGGUAUAAUAUUGGUAUUGGGUUAGCGAGGAAUAAGUUUCAGUAUUUAAAGAUGGUUAAGUUGUGGUCUUUAAAGAUGGUUAAGUUGAGGUAUUUAAAAAUGGUUAAGUUGAGGUAUUUAAAGGUGGUUCAUUUUGGUAUUCGGUUAGAGAUGAUUAAGUUUAGGUAUUUAAAGACAGUUAAAUGUACGUAUUUAAAGAUGGUUAAGUUUAGGCAUUUAAAGAUGGCUAAUUGUGGUAUUGGGUUCGAGAUCAUUAAGUUUAGGUUAGAGAUGUCUAUUAGGUAUUGGUACUUUUUUUUUUAAAACUUGGCUUGGGUGUAUGCAUCUAUGUCAGCCGUGUCCCUUCAGUCUCUCUCCUAUAAUAAGAAAAGUGACUGGUUGCUUUUUGGUCCAGAAGUACCAAGAUGGCAGCUUGAACUUCUUUCAUGGAAUUUAAGGUCACAGGAUUGAAGCCCUCAUUUGAUGUCAAUAUAGAAAAUGGGAUCAUAAUAGCAAACAAAAAAAAGCCUCAUAAUACAUAUUUUCAGUGAAUGCUUAUUACUGCGAUAUUUCUAAAAGAAGAGUUGCUGCAGCCAAAAAUGCACUUAGCGAGUUUCACUAAUGUGAAAGCCAGAGAUGUUGAUAUAAUAUUCUAUUGUGGUAAUUUGAGUAUUUGUAGUCCCUGAUUGUCAGUGGUUAAAUGGAACUUUUGUUUUUUUAAUCAAUAUUUUCAAUAUGCGUGGGCACCUUCUAGAAAUUCUAAUUAAUUCAAAUGUAUUAUUUAUGAACCAGAAAAGCUAAUAAAAAGUAAUCCAUGUGAUGUA